AAGGUGAUGCUUUAUACCCUAGACAAGUCGCCAAUGAAUUCAACGCCAGUCUUGCUAUACUACUGAAUCUUUUGGGAUUGUUCUCGGCACACUGUGCGGCCAGAAAAAACAAAGGAACAGCUAGGAUGGCGCUUAUAUCUAUUGUGCUACAGGCUUAUUCAUUUUUUGUAACAUUCGGUUUCAUUAUGGACUACCUUGUGAUCUACAUCCUGGCACAGAGACACGACUCUGAAUACACUGGAUACACCUACGUCACAAGCAGCACACAGAUGCCAUAUUCCUUGAUCAUCACUGGAGUAGCCUUAUUCAUUCAAGCUUCUGUCAUUAUGUACUUUCUUGCAAAGUUAUGUCGUCUGCUUGACGGGACUUUACUAAACAACGAAUCGCCACCCCCGUAUCAGCCACUUUUAGAUAAUGAUGGGGGCGGCCAUCAAUACACAUACGGGACUUCUAACGAAAAUCAACAUCCGGUACCUAAUGCUCCUACAGAUUAUCCCAGAAACAACAAUCCAUUUGAAGAAAAUACCAAUCAGCGAUUCAGGAAUGAGAGCAAUGCUUAACUGAUUGAUUUAGUGAUUUAGCCACUAUAUAGCACUGAAUUUGAUAAUUUCAAUAAGAAAACUUCGUCUCUAUGUACAGAUAUGUUGGCAUUAUAUCAGAAAGGAAUAUGAUUAUAUCAUCACAAAUUCUACCCAACGAGGGCAAAAACAUUUCAGAUCAUAAUUUAAAUCAAAAUUGGAUUACAAACGUUGAACAGUUUGCCAGUACCUGUGCUUUAAUUCAACAAUGUCUUAAUAGUUGAGCUAUAAACAUAAAUAAUUAUUUUUGGUCUAAUUCUAUCUGAUCUUACUUUAGAAAUAGAUACUUUCAUCAUCUAUGGCCAAGAAUAAGGUCUAAAAUAUUGAAUAUAAUCUUUGUAACAGAAUUUUUGUUUGAAAAAAGAUCUAGAUCAAUUAAAAUUUGCUGUUUAGUGUUUACUGAU